AUGGAAGAUAAGGAUCGCUUAUUGGCUAAAGAACUCGAAUCUUUUGGAUACCCUGGGCCGACACAAAUUCGACAAAAUUUAUCGAAAGCAAAAGAUUUGAAUCAACUUGUUGAAGCGAUCAAAAAGUUCAAGACCGAGAAUUCGUUGGAUAAAGUUUUGGGAAUUUCGUCUUUGGCACCAGCACUUCGUCUUCUGGAUAUGCACAAUGUGAAACGAGUUGACAUUCACGAUGCUGUAGCCGCCGACUUGACCGAUAAAUUCUUGCAACGACUGAAAGAGUUGGGGAAAAGUCAAAAUCCUGAGGCUCAAAAGAAAUUGGAGGAUCAACUCGAGAAAUGCUUUAAAAUGUACAAAGUGCACCAGAUUCGACCGAUUGUAUUAGAAACAUUGAAUAAUUUGAGAAAAGUACCGGAUAGAUAUCUAAAAAUCGUCCUUUGUGACGCCGAGCUCUAUUCAGAGUGUGCGGUCUCAGUUCGGCAACAGAUUUGGUUGAAAAAUGACAAGCUAUUCGAGGAGGCUGUUUUGCCCGUUUUGGAGAGUUAUUUGAGGGCAAAACGAAAUGUUGAAUGCAUGAUUGAGCCAUCGACAACCAACUUUUUCACUUCUGAAACGACAAAGAGUCGUCGACAGCAACCACAAGUGCAAACUUUAAUGCAAAUGAUCGGCAAUCAUGACUUGUUGUAUGAGAAAGUGAUCAGCAUCAUUAGAAAUCGCUACGCAGAAACGGCUGAUGUAAACUUUUGCUCGUUGCGAAUGGAAUUGUUGAUGGCAGCGCACGAUAUGAAUAACGAAUCGGCCACGAAAAUUGAUCCAAGCUAUGAGCUUGCGAAAUGUCUCGAUGCGUGUGUUCGCGAUAAACAUAUGGACUCAAAUUUGACCUCGAGACUUCGAACAGUUUUGGAGAAAAAAUGGGAACCUGAGGAGUUGGGCGAUGUAGCGAUGGUCGCUUGGGAUUCGCAUGUUGUUCAUUUUCUCUGCUCAAUCAUCACAAGAUUCCUUCGAGAAGGCUCCUCAUUACCCAGAGAUUCCCUCAGCUUACAACUUUUGAUCAAAGUUCUUGCACUCGGAUCGCAAAGUCAUAACAUUGUAAAAACAUCGACAAUUACAUCAACUAUCGCCGACUCGAUAUUUCUGACAAAGUUCAUCCCAUCACUGGCAAAAAUGAUCGUAGAAGAUGUGAUGAGAAUUGAAAUCGGCAAAAGUUCGGUGGACGUAAGCGAAGAGUUUGGCGUGAACAGUCUUCUGUCAAAUGCAAGCGAUACGGCCGUUACCUUUCUGAAAGCGGAUGUGUGCGCCUCUCUUUUAUGGCUUCAUCAGAUGAUCGAAAUUCUUCCGAAUAAGAAAAGAACCAUCGAUUCACAAGGAUUUCUUCGAUACGCUGAACACAUUAUUGAAUUCAAGGGAAAGUUGGGUGUUCGUGGUCCUUGGUGUCAUCUUCUUGUUCAUCGUCUAAUCUCAGCCAAUGCUUUCGAUUCGGUGAUUCAAGAUGAAGCUAUUCAACUUACGAUUGUUAAUCGAUUGUUGAUGGAAAAUAUUCAGGCUGAUCCAACCGUGAAAUAUCAACUCCUCCGUAUUGUCUAUCAACUCCAUUCACAUCUUGGAUUGCAGAAAGCCACCGAAAUUAUGGAAACAAUCGCUAUUGAUAAACUUGGCGAUUUAGAAGCUGGUGAUAAAGAGAAAUACGAGAGAGAUUAUAUGAAAACAAUGGAUAGGAUCACGCCAAAGAUUGAAGAAGAACACCCUCCAACGCUUCCUCCAGGGAUGACACCAGCUCAUCCAAUGGCGACUGGGCAACAGAUGCAUCCUGGGAUGACACCACGAAUUGGUGUUCCCGGCCAACCCCAUCCAUCAAUGACACCAGGACCUGGGAGAUUUGCCCCACCCCUUGCUCGACCUCAAUACAUGACACCGAGACAU